GAAGCUCAACACAGGAAAAUAAAGAUUCUCGUCCAAGAUGCCGGAUAGUAAGCGUAGUCCAUGGCCAUCAUCCAGCAGUAUGAUAAUUAUAAUGAUUUUCGUGCUGCUGUGUUUGGGAGACCUUGAAGUACAAGCCAGGAGACAUCAGAAUCAGAAAGAUUUUAAAGAUUGUUCCGAGAUCUAUAAAUCAGGAGAAAGACGAAGCGGUGUGUACACAGUUAAUCCAUACGGGAGUGGUGGUCCCUUCGAAGUCUACUGUGACAUGACAACAGACGGAGGGGGCUGGACCAUGUUCCAAAGAAGACAAGAUGGCUCCGUAGACUUUUACCGUACCUGGGAUGAAUACAAAACAGGUUUUGGAAACCUGACGGGCGAGUUUUGGCUGGGGAAUGAAAAGAUUCACCGACUGACGUCACGACCAGCGAGAUGGCAUCCCAUGCUACGAGUUGACCUGGAGGACUGGGACGGAGCGAAGGUGUAUGCCAAAUAUGGUAGUUUUAUGAUUAGAUCUGAAAGUCAAAAGUACACGAUGAAUAUCCUCGCUAAUUUGUAUUCUGGUACGGCCAGUGACUCGCUUGCAUUGUAUCACAGAAAUUUGCCGUUUACUACCAAAGACCGUGAUAAUGACAAACAUUGUUUAACUAAUUGUGCACGUAAACACAGUGGAGCUUGGUGGUAUAGCUAUUGUUACGCUUCCAACUUAAACGGAAAAUACCUUGGUAAUGCUACCGGAGGAGAAGGGGUUGUAUGGUGGUAUUAUAAAAAUGAUAACCGAUCCCUUAAGUUUAGCGAGAUGAAGCUAAAACCACAUUAGCAUUUUCGGUCUUUGCUUGAAAUGUUUUCAUUAGAUUUUGUACUGCAUGAAUGAAUCAGUCAGCCAGUCAGCCAGUCAACCAAUCAAUCAUCCUAAUAAAACAGUUUACUUUAAACUGUAUGGAGUGUCUUGGAGUAGUCCAUUGUGCGGUCCGCAUGAUACCUGCCAAUGCGACCCGGGUUCAAGUCCCGCUGGGCUCGUUGUGUAUUUGAGUAGAGUUGUCUGUUAUUUCUCUCCUGUGCUUUCACCCUUUCACAACUAAAGAAUCACGUGUACUGGUUAAAGGUGAUUUAUUAAAGUCUUGGUUGUUCAGAA